AAUGCUGUAAACACUAAGACCAUGGAGACAGGCGAGUCACAUGCGAAAGGAUGUGCGAUACCUGCCAGGAGAGUGUCUGAUUCAUUCAAAACAUUCGAAGGCGAAAAUGAGUUUGCCGGCAGUGAAGCGAACUCAAAGAAGUUUUCGAAUCCCUUUGCACAGGCUAAUCCAGCGAUAACCAACGGGGCAGCAGAAACCGAAGAGGAUCGUGGGAAGAUGCGAAGGGUUCUGCAGUUGGAGGCUGAUAUUGCCCAUCAGGAGGGACGUCGCGUGCCGGCCUUGGACUUUUUCUAGGACCAUCACUGGGACCACGUGCUG